AUGCAUCGGCUGGUGUUAGAGAUGACGACUGAUAUCGGAGUGUCGGUGCGAUGGGAUCCGGUCACCCAACAGGAGAUUGAGGACUACGACUAUGACGGAGGCAACAGCUCCUCCCGACUCUUCGAGAGGUCCCGUAUUAAGGCAUUGGCAGAUGAGAGAGAGUCGGUCCAGAAGAAGACUUUCUGCAAGUGGGUUAACUCGCAUCUGGUUCGCGCCAACAGUCGCAUCACUGACUUAUACACAGAUCUGAGAGAUGGCAAGAAUUUAAUCAAAUUAUUGGAAAUCCUUUCGGGAGAGAGACUCCAGAAGCCGACCAAAGGAAAGAUGAGAAUCCAUUGUCUGGAGAAUGUGGACAAAGCGCUGCAGUUUCUGUUACGGGAACAGAGGGUCCAUCUCGAGAAUCUGGGCUCUCAUGACAUCGUCGACGGCAACCCUCGCCUUACUCUGGGCCUCAUUUGGACCAUUAUAUUGCGCUUUCAAAUACAAGAUAUCACUAUUGAAGAGGUGGACAAUCAGGAGACCAAAUCGGCAAAGGAUGCGCUGUUGCUAUGGUGUCAGAUGAAGACUGCCGGCUAUAACAGUGUGAACGUCCGGAACUUCACUUCCAGUUGGAAAGACGGUCUGGCUUUCAAUGCACUCAUUCAUAAACACAGACCAGAUUUGAUACAAUACGACAAACUCUCGAAAUCAAAUGCAAUCCAUAACCUCAACAAUGCCUUCAAUGUCGCAGAAGAAAAGUUAGGUUUGGCUACACUUUUAGACGCUGAAGAUGUGUUCACCGAUAAUCCGGAUGAGAAGUCUAUCAUCACUUAUGUCGUCACUUAUUAUCAUUACUUCUCGAAGAUGAAGGCCGAGACGGUUCAGGGCAGGAGAAUAGGCAAAGUUGUGGGACAGGCGAUGGACAACGAGAAGAUGAUGCAGGAGUACGAGAGCCUCACUUCAGAGCUCCUGAAAUGGAUUGAAAUGAUUAUUGAAGACCUCUCUGACAGAAAUUUUUCCAAUUCUUUGAAUGGAGUUCAGCAACAAUUGUCUGCAUUUAGUAAUUACCGAACCAUUGAAAAGCCGCCGAAAUUCAUUGAAAAAGGAAAUUUGGAAAUCCUUUUGUUCACUCUUCAGAGCAAAAUGCGAGCAAACAAUCAGAAGCCAUAUCUGCCAAAAGAAGGUAAAAUGAUAUCUGAUAUAAACAAAGCGUGGGAACGACUCGAAAAGGCUGAACACGAGCGCGAGUUAGCCCUCAGAGAAGAGCUCAUACGCCAAGAGAAGUUGGAACAGUUGGCCGCCCGGUUCGAUCGUAAGGCAGGAAUGAGGGAGACCUGGCUCAGUGAGAAUCAACGACUCGUCUCUCAAGACAACUUUGGCUUUGAUUUGCCAGCAGUGGAGGCGGCGGCUAAGAAACACGAGGCCAUUGAGACUGAUAUAUUCGCUUAUGAAGAGCGAGUCCAAGCCGUUGUUGCAGUGGCUCUCGAGUUAGAGGCAGAGAAUUACCACGACAUCGACCGCAUUAAUUCCCGUAAAGAUAAUGUCCUAAGACUUUGGAAUUAUUUGUUGGAAUUGUUGCGAAACAGAAGAACCCGUUUGGAAAUGUCGAUGGCUUUGCAGCAGUCCUUCCAGGAAAUGGUUUAUAUAUUGGACUCAACGGACGAAAUAAAAGCUCGUCUGCUCUCCGAUGACUUUGGAAAGCAUUUAAUGGGUGUCGAAGAUCUGCUUCAAAAGCACAGUCUGGUUGAAGCAGACAUCAAUGUUUUGGGCGAAAGAGUUAAGACAGUCGUCCAUAAUCUGCAGCACUUUAUUAGUGAAGAAUCUGCGAGUGGUUACCGACCCUGCGAUCCAGAGAUAGUCGACGAGCGCAUUAAGCAAUUAGAGGCGGCGUAUUCAGAACUGGUCCAACUGGCCAUUGAUAGGAGAGGUCGACUGGAAGAGUCGAGAAAGUUGUGGCAAUUCUAUUGGGAUAUGUCUGAAGAGGAGGCUUGGAUUAAGGAGAAGGAGCAGAUCCUGUCCUCUGCAGAGAUAGGACACGAUCUGACAACUGUUCAUUUGCUUAUCAGUAAGAAUAGAGCUCUUGAGGACGAGUUGGCGGCUCACGAACAACAACUCAUGGCUGUCGUCCGAGUCGGUGAUGAUCUCAUAAACGCCGGACAUUUUGGCGCCGAAAACAUUGAACAACGCAUUCAUGAAAUUAUGAGCGUUUGGGAUAACCUUAAGGAACUCCAAGCGUUGAGGACUAUGCGGUUAACCGAAGCCAUCGAUUUCCACCAAUUCUUUGCUGAUGCGGAUGAUGUGGACGCCUGGAUGUUAGACACGUUGCGUUUGGUCUCCAGUGAAGAUGUAGGCGUCGAUGAGGCCAACGCACAGUCUUUGCUUAAGAAACACAAUGAAAGCGCUGAGGAGUUGAAGAGCUACUCAUCCGUUAUCGACGCUCUCAAAGAACAGUCGCUCUCUUUAGGAGAAGCCGAUAGACAGGACCCGGAGGUGUUGGACAGGAUUGCGACGAUUGAGCGCCGCUAUAAAGAACUGCUCGAAUUGACUAAACUCCGAAAGCAACGCCUUUUGGACGCCAUUUCACUCUACAAACUGUUCAGUGAAGCGGAUGGAGUCGAGCAAUGGAUUGCAGAGAAGGAGAAGAUGUUGUCGUCGAUGGUUAUGAGCAGAGAUAUGGAGGACAUCGAAGUCAUGAAACAUCGCUUCGAGACCUUCGAUCAGGAAAUGAAUUCCAACGCCUCGAGAGUGGCUGUCGUUAACCAAUUGGCGCGACAACUGCUGAACGUCGAGCACCCGAACUCCGAACAAAUCCUCGCGCGUCAGAACCAACUCAACCAAAGAUGGGCUGAAUUGCGCGAUAAUUCCGAACAAAAACGGGAGGAAAUCAAUUCGGCUCAUGGAGUCCAGACAUUCCAUAUUGAAUGUCGCGAAACAAUCUCUUGGAUCGAAGAGAAGACAAAACUUUUGCAGUCAACUGAAGAGUUGGGAAACGAUUUGACGGGUAUUAUGACUUUGCAAAGAAGACUCAGUGGAAUAGAAAGAGAUUUGGCGGCCAUUCAGGUCCAAUUGGAUCAGUUGGAGACCGAAGCAGAUAAGAUGAAAGCCGAUCAUCCGGAAGAAGCGCAGGCUAUCACUGAAAGAGUGGGCCAAAUAUCACAGGUUUGGGAACAGUUGACACAAUUACUGAAGGAUAGGGACGCGAAACUUGAGGAGGCGGGAGAUCUGCAUCGUUUCCUCAGAGAUUUGGAUCACUUCCAGGCGUGGCUCACGAAGACUCAGACAGACGUGGCUUCUGAGGACACGCCCAACAGUUUAGCCGAAGCAGAGAAGCUAUUGAGUCAACACCAGCAGAUCCGCGAAGAGAUCGACAACUAUACCGAGGAUUACAAUUCAAUGAUGGAAUACGGCCACAGAAUAACUCACGACCAGACGGACCCGCAGUACAUGUUUUUGCGCGAACGGCUGAAAGCCCUGAGCGACGGCUGGACUGAGUUGUAUAAGAUGUGGGAAAAUAGACAGCAGUUGUUGUCGCAGAGUUUGAAUCUUCAAAUGUUUUUACGCGAUUCAAAACAAGCAGAAGUAUUACUCAAUCAACAGGAGAACUAUCUGUCGAAAGACGAGACGCCCACAAACCUGGAACAGGCGGAGAACCUCAUCAAACGACACGAGGCUUUCUUGACCACAAUGGAAGCCAACGACGAUAAAAUCAAUGGUGUUAUUCAGUUCGCGCACAGACUUAGCGAAGAACAACACUUCGAUUCCGACAAAAUUGUGAGAAAAGCUGAGAAUAUUAACGACAGAAGACAAUCAAAUAGAGAGAGGGCUCAGCAGAUGACUGACAAACUCAGGGAUGAUCUCCAAUUACAUCAGUUCCUCCAGAAUUGCGAUGAACUUAACGAAUGGAUUCAAGAGAAGUAUAUCAUAGCUCAGGACGAGACCUACCGAAGCGCUAAAACAGUUCACAGUAAAUGGACGCGACAUCAGGCCUUUGAGGCGGAGAUUGCAGCCAAUAAGGACCGACUCGUUGGUGUUCAACAGGAGGGCCAGAAUCUGGUUCAAGUGAAGCCCUCAAUGCGCUCCUUAGUUGAGCCUAAAUUGGCUGAAUUGCAGCAACAAUUCGAAGCACUCGAGAGCACUACCAGUGAAAAGGGUCUUAAAUUGUUUGACGCCAACCGACAAGUUCUCUACGAACAGACCUGUGAUGACAUCGACACUUGGAUUACUGAAUUGGAGAGCCAGGUGUUGACAUCAGAGACCGGACAGGACUUGACAAGUGUUAAACUAAUACUAGAGAAGCAACAAAUGAUUGAAACCCAAAUGGCUGUCAAAGCGAAACAAGUGAAUGAAUUGGAGUCUCAGGUCGAGUACUUGGAGAAGAUUGAACCCGAAAAGACCGAUGAGAUUAAGGCCAAGAAGGUGUACGUCGAGGAGCGCUUCCAACGACUACAGGCGCCACUACUCGAGCGAAAGCAACAGUUGCUUAAGAAGAAGGAGGCGUAUCAGUUCAGACGAGACGUUGAGGACGAGAAGAUGUGGAUUCAGGAGAAGAUGCCUUUGGCCACCAGCUCUGACUUCGCCAACAGUUUGUUUAGCGUUCAGAUGCUUAUCAAGAAGAACCAGUCGUUGAGGACGGAAAUCGAUAACCACGAGCCAAGGAUUCUUAAUAUCUGUGAAAAUGGACGCAAACUUAUAGACGAAGGGCACGAAGACUCUUCGGAAUUCCAGCGUCUGAUCAAUGAGUUGAUGGAAAUGUGGGAACAACUCAAAGACAAAAUGAAUAAUAGAAAGCAUAAACUCUUGGAAUCGGAAAGAGCCCAACAGUACUACUUCGACGCCUCUGAAGCCGAGUCUUGGAUGAGUGAACAGGAGUUAUAUAUGAUGGUCGACGACAGGGGUAAGGAUGAGUUCAGCGCUCAGAACCUCAUGAAAAAACACGAAACACUUGAAAAUGCUGUCGAAGACUACGCGGAGACCAUUAGGCAAUUGAACGAUACAUCUAAACAACUCAUCACUGAAGGACAUCCGCAAAGUGAACCGAUUGGUGUCCGGCAAUCACAAGUUGACAAACUCUAUGCGGGUCUUAAGGAUCUGGCGUUAGAACGACGCGCCAAACUCGAAGAGGCGCUCAAGUUGUUCUCAUUGAACAGAGAAGUCGAUGACAUAAUGCAAUGGAUUGCAGAGCGCGAAGUGGUGGCCGGUUCUCACGAAUUGGGUCAGGACUUCGAUCAGGUGUCUGUUCUUAGGGAACGGUUUAAGGCAUUCGCCAGAGACACAGAAGUGACCGGAAAUGAAAGGGUUUCUGUUGUUAACGAGAACGCGGAUCAUCUGAUCAAUAGUGGACACGCAGACAGCGCCACAAUUGCUGAAUGGAAGGACACCCUUAACGAGGCGUGGGCUGACCUCUUGGAACUGAUCGAAACCCGGACUCAAAUGCUGUCCGCGUCCUGGGAUUUGCAUAAAUACUUUCACGACUGUAAAGAUGUCUUCGGACGCAUCGUUGAGAAACAGAACUCAAUGUCUGAUGAGUUGGGUCGGGACGCCGUCUCUGUGUCGAGUCUACUCCGAAAACAGGCCAACUUUGAGCACGACUUACAAACCCUGGGAAAUGCUGUUCAACAGAUCCGCGAAGAGUCUGGAAAACUGCAAACGGCUUAUGCGGGCGAACGGGCCCGAGAUAUAGUGAACAGAGAGGCCGAAGUGGUGAACGCGUGGCAGAGACUGCUCUCACUGUGCGACGGACGCAGAGUUAAACUCGAAGACACGGGCGAUCUCUUCCGGUUCCUAAAUAUGGUCCGCGAUUUGAUUCUAUGGAUGGAUGACGUCGUCAGACAAAUGAACACUUCGGAGAAACCGCGGGAUGUUUCUGGAGUUGAGCUCUUAAUGAAUAAUCAUCAGAGCCUUAAAGCGGAGAUCGACGCCCGCGAAGACAACUUCUCCUCAUGUGUUAGUUUAGGUAAAGAACUUCUGGCGCGAAGUCAUUACGCAUCGAAUGAGAUAAAGGAGAAGCUGUUGGCGCUGACCAAUCAGAGGAAUGGGCUCAUGAAUCGAUGGGAAGAACGUUGGGAGCACUUGCAGCUCAUCCUCGAAGUCUAUCAGUUCGCGAGGGACGCGGCUGUGGCUGAGGCAUGGCUUUUGGCUCAGGACCCAUACCUUUUGAGUCGGGAAUUGGGACAUACCAUCGAUGAAGUGGAUCAACUGAUUAAAAAACACGAGGCCUUUGAGAAGUCGGCGUCAGCACAAGAGGAGAGAUUUGCAGCUCUGGAACGACUGACUACGCUUGAGUUAAAAGAACAGGAAAACCCAUUACAAGAAGUUGAUAGAAGAAGAGCUUAUGACGAACUCGAUGAUCAUAUGCGGAGAUCUGGAUAUUACGAUUCGUUUGAACUCAAAGAAUACAAACAACAAGAAGAAGAGGCAGAACGGCGUCGAUAUGAAGAGCAACAGAAAUUAAAGCCUCAGAAGUCUAUAUCACCCGAUGAACAGCCCUAUGACAGAGCCGACGGCACAGAAGUCGGACCUUCCGGUGAUGUGGAAGUCGAGGAGAAGAUUGAAAAGGUCGUGAUUACUCCUAAAACUCCGACCCUUUCGACUGUAUCGGAAGCGACAGCUGUUUCCACACCUUAUUCCAGAUCUCCAUCUCAGCCGCGCUCUGUUCAGACCACCCCCGUCCCUUCCAAAGACAAGAGGUCUAAGAGAUCGCGAUCUAAGUCGCCGUUCAGCAGUUGGAGACGCAAAAAGUCGCCCUAUUAUGACACAGACUCGUCAUCCGUGUCAGAGAGACACAGCACUGCCGACGAGGAUAUCAUAAUCGAGGGCUCACUUAAUCGCAAACACGAAUGGGAGUCCACCACAAAGAAGGCCUCCAACAGAUCCUGGGAUAAAGUGUAUGUAGUGUUAAGAAGUGGUCAACUGUUGACAUACAAAGACCAGAAGCACUUGAGACAAGACCGAAGCAGUGAAGCUGCCAUUGAGUUGAAGGGCGUUGUCAUAGAAGUGGCCACAAAUUACACCAAAAAGAAACACGUGUUUAGAGUGAAGCUCCCGAAUGGCGCCGAAUAUCUGUUCCAAGCGAAGGAAGACGAAGAGAUGAGUCUAUGGAUGAGUAAAAUUCAAGGCGCCAUCACUGAGACGGAGUCGUCUCCCGGCCCCUCACGAUCACAAACAAUGCCCGCGAAGGGAGACGACGACCGCAAAGAUGAGCCCAAAAAGCGAGGGUUUUUCACGUUAAAGAAAAAAUAGUUAAUAAUUAUUUUUAAGACAAUAAGAGAUAAUAGAGUUUACGAUAUAUUUAAAGCGUUGAACCGAUUAAUAAGUUCGACAAACAGUUAGUCAAAGCAUUUUGUAUUGAAUUGUGCCGUUCAGUGGCUGUGCUUCCCAUUCAUUGAUAACCAUUCACUUGAGACAAAACACCACCAGAAUUGCAGUUAUUUUAAACAAUUUGUGCACAUAUUUUAUGCGACAAAUUCUUAGCAAUUAUUUUAUUAACCAUUUGAUUGAUGGAAAUUUAAAGGCAGUCUAUUUCGACAAUUUGUCGCACAUUUAGUUCAAAAUCAUGUUUUAGAUUGACUUUUAAUUGCAAUCAUUAUUCCUAAGAUUUUUUUGACUGAAAC